AAGCCACAGGUCAAGUCAUGUUGUGACAUCUAUAUCAAGGACGCUCUCUCCUCACUUUCGCUACCCCUUUUUUUUAUCAUCAUUCUCACCAUCAGGAGUCCAAGCAUACCAACAAUAGUACUUUACCCACCACAAAAAAACCCUUUUGACCCCCCCCCCCCCCCCCCAAACCCACCAAAAUGCUCAUCCCAACCAGCACACUCACCACCCUCUCGGGUGGCCUUCCUCUCCCUCGCCUCCGCAGCCCCCACCACACCCGCCCCGGCCUCACCCCUCGAGGUUGAAGCCCGUGAGAUUGCUGCCCGCGCUAGAGGACAAUUCACUUGGUACAACACCGGCCUGGGCGCCUGCGGAAAGUGGAACAACGACGGUGAGCUCGUUGUUGCGCUUAACCGCCAUGUAUUUGAUCCUCAAACCCCGAAUGGGAACCCUAACAUUUAUCCUUUGUGUGGGAGGGAGAUUUUGGCCAAAAGAAUUUGA